AGACAUAAACAGCCAGAUAUGUGAAUUUAAGACACAGCCUCCGCCGUGUCAUUCACAAACACCGGUAAUAUUAUUCUCCAUCUGCGGUGACAGCUGAGCUAACGCUGGCUGCAGUGCAGUUGCUAGUCUGCUUCCAUGGCUGUCAAAAAACCCGACCAAGCCCCUCCGCUUGUCGGCUGACAGCUCCCAGCUAAACACUCCCGCGGCUCGUCGGCGUCGCGUCGAUACGUUCAGGUGAAUACCAUGAAGAUAACACAGACGGCAGACAUGUCACUCCACUCAAGUCCUCCAGAGGUGCUCCGCUUCUCCGGCUCUCCCCCCAGAAAACGAUCCAAGCGAACAGACAGCCAGCCUUCCAGCCUGCGGCCCCCCUCCCGACCGCAUCCCAGUCAUGUCUCUUCUCCUCAUCACUGUGCUGUCCUCACUUCUGGUGCGGGAUGCCGAGGCGUGGGGCGCCAAUGUCAAGUACGCGGUGAACUGCCCGGACAGAUGCAACACGGAGCGGUGCGGCGGGACGCAGCGCUGCGCACGGACCGUCCUGGACGACUGCGGCUGUUGUCAGGUCUGUGCGGCGGGCAGAGGGGAGCACUGCUACCGCACCGUGUCGGGGAUGCACGGGGUGAAGUGCGGACCGGGCUUAUUCUGCGAGUUCUACAAGGACGAGGACGAUUACGGGGACGAAUACGGGAUCUGCAAAGACUGCCUGUACGGGACCUACGGGGUCGAGUGCCGCAAGACAUGCAGCUGCAAAGGUGGCAUCUGUGACAGGGAGACGGGAGCCUGUCUCACCCUCAAAUUCUUCGCCAAAAUCGCCAGCAACCUGAAGAGUGAGCCGCAAGCAGGGGUCGAAGUGGGCUCAGGAGAGGUCAGCACCGCCCAGAGCACGGACCAACACACAGACAGAUCCACGGCUCAGAAGAGGCUCAACCCUCGCUGACAGGCGCUGACCAGGCUGAAUCUCUUCAGUGUAAAUGUAGCAUUAACUUAUAAAUGAACUGAAAGAUAUAUUUUAUUAUGUUAAACAAUGGAGAAAAAAAACAACUUUUUUACGGCAUUUGGAAUGUUUAUCUGGUCCCUCACCACCACUGUCACCAUCUUUUCUAAUGAAAUAUGCAGACUAUGUUAUUCUUUCCAGAUUCUCUCUGUCUCUGUUCAUCUGUUUAUACAGUAAGCUAGUUAAAAUGAUCCUGCAGUCUGUUCCCAUCCUCUCAUUAAGUGUGCCUUCAUGCAUUAUUGUUGAGAAAAUGAGAGUUAAUGUCACGUUAAAAGGGCCUUGCAUUUAUUUUCAGACUAAAUACAGCAAUAUUUUUUAUCAAUUCAUUUUUUUUUUUCCAUACGGAUAUUUUAUUUGUACUGUAAAGAUGUAAAGCCGACUUGGGAAAAUAUCAUGUAUAUGACACCAGCCAAUGUAAAGAAUGCUCUUUAAUUAAACCAAAGUUAUCACUGA